UUUCGAUUUUCCAUUUCACAACCCUUUCUUUCUCCCUCUCUCUUCUCUUCCCGUACACAAAAACACACAAUAACCCAACUUGCCAGACUUUUUUACCCGUCUUGACUCCAACUCCAAUUCUUUUUCGACACACACACACAUCACCCUUCACCUACCAACACAACAGAACCAAAAAAAAAUGGCUGACGAGGCUACCAAGCAAAAGCUCAGAGCUACCUUUGACAAGCUCACCCCAGAAGACUUUGCUUCCGUCGCCGGUAACAAGGACGCCCUCGCCGACAAGGUGGCCGAGAAGUACUCCAUCUCAAAGGACGAGGCCGUCAAGCAGGUCAACGAGGCCUUUGCCAAAUAAAAUCAACACGACUUCAACUCCCCCCCCCCCCCCCCCCC